UUAUUCAACAGCGUGGCCUGGAACUUCCUGGAGAAACAACUCCCCAAAAAAUCCUAUAUUCAUUGCGACACAGAAGAUUUGGAUUCAUUCAUCCACGAAAAAAUGUGUCACUCUCGUCACUGAAGUGAACCCUGUGUGACCCAGUGAAUUAAUAAAUUGCAUAGUAAAUUAAUUAAUCAUUAAAUCGAUUCACUGCAUCAAUUACGCUUCUACUCGGAUAAGAGAUAAGUGAGUGAGUUAUCAAGGCUGGAAGAAUUUGAUGAGACGGGGGUUAUCAUAUACGUACAUAAUUUAGUGGUUGUGAAGAAUCUGCUGGUGUGAGGGAGCUGACGAGUCAGAUAACUAUCCAGAUAACUCGAUAUUUAACAACAUUUCUUGGAAAAUAGGCAUAAAAUUUUACGAGACGGGUUUAUGUAUCAUGUAAAUAAUUUAGUGGGGAAAAUUCUGUUGCUUGAUUAAGAAGCUGAUGAGUCAGAUAAUACGGUUGGAUAUCCAUCGUACUCAGAUAACGUGAUAUUUAACAACAUUUCGUAGGCAUAAAAUUUUACGACGAUUUCAAGGCAGAAAUUUGAUACGAAAUGUGAGCUGAGGCGACAGUCGAUAAUAAAUUAUUCAUGUAAAUAUCUAGUCUGUCGAGAAGUAUUUAGCAAGCCUGGAGAGAAAUUAAGUCUCUCCAGUUCAGUCGGUUGUGUGUAGAAAUUUAAGAUCUGAAGAGAAUCUGACGUGAUAUGUAAAGUAGGAUCGAAUUUAGGUAGAAGAAGUGCUUUCUGAGAGAUUUCUUGAUUAUUUGAGAAUUGUCGUCGGCCUAUUUUUUGUGAUUUAUACCGAAAUACAUAUUAAAUUUGUUACUAUUUAAUUGUGCCUGAAUUGAUUGAAAUUAUUCAGCAUAUCUUAUUUUUUUAUCGAAUUAUUUAACUACAUAUACCAAUUAAAUUGUCUUCAAAUACUUGACACGAAAAUGGCAACGAGUGACCACACGCAAGAUUUAGAUGGGGAAAUUGAUCAUUUCAGCGAGUAUGGAGGUUCAAUUCGAUUACGUAAUCCGCACAUUAAAUUCAUGGACCAGGAUAUCCUUUACCACUUGGCCCUGGGAAGUGAAUCGCACGAUCUCGUCGAAAUGUUUGGUGAUGUAAAAUUCGUGUGCAUCGGAGGGACGCCGAAACGCAUGGAAGAAUUUGCAUACUACAUCAUGCGUGAGAUUGGUCAUAAAAUUCCGACCGGGACGCAACUGCUCGAUAUCAGCCAGCACAGUUAUCGAUACUCUAUGUACAAAACCGGGCCGGUGUUGUCGAUAAGUCAUGGAAUGGGAAUCCCCUCAGUGUCAAUCCUUCUGCACGAGAUCAUCAAGCUCAUGUACCACGCUCACGUGAAGGACCCCGUGUUCUUCCGGAUCGGAACGUGCGGCGGCGUGGGGGUCGACGGUGGCAACGUGAUCAUCACCGAGGAGGCCAUCAACCCUGACCUCGAGCCGUUCCACGAGGUCUCCGCGUUGGGCAGGAAGAUCCGCCGGACGUCCAAAUUGGACGCCGACCUUUGCGCCGAACUCGUCUCCAUCGCCACCGAAAUGGACGAACCGUACACCUUCCACUUGGGAAAAACUAUGUGCACGGAUGACUUUUAUGAAGGCCAGGGUCGUUUGGACGGUGCAUUUUGUGACUACACGGAGAAGGAGAAGAUGUCGUACAUCCACCACCUGCAGCGCCACGGGGUCACCAACAUCGAAAUGGAGUCCUUGGCCUUCGCCGCGUUAACGCAUCACGCCCACAUCCGCGCCGCCGUCGUCUGCGUCUCCAUCGUCGAUCGCAUGGUCGGAGAUCAGGUCUUAGCCCAAAAAGAGGUCUUGAACGAGUGGCAAAUGCGCCCACAAAAGUUGGUCGCUCAAUACAUCAAGAAGCAUUUGGGCCUUUUGGACAACACAGGAACGAGCGCGACCGCCGCCGCCGCCGCGGCCGCUCGGCGCCACCUCGACCUUUCCCCCACCGCCAUGAACUGCCCCCACAAACAAGUCCUCAUCGUCAAGAGCCCCCGACGAAUGAACAUGGUACAACAAGAGUCGCAAAGCUACGACUAAAAAUUUGUGUACAUCGGCCAAACAAAAUUUGAUGAAAAAAUGUGAAACGUAAAAAUACGUACGUACGUACCUCUCGUAGAAUGACGGCUGGACGGGUCAUUAGAUUUUAAAAAUUAAUGAUUAAUUACAAAUUAAACGUAAUUGAAGCGAAUGAAACUUUGUUCAAUUAAAAAGGAUGAAAUAUAUGAAAUGAAAUGAUGAUAAUAAAAUUAUAGACUAUAUUAAAGA